AUGGGCAUACUGGCAUCAUUUGUGUUGAAACGCUGCUGCACGCGCAACAUUGCACCUCCCACCGAUGGCGACCGUCACUUGGUGGAACAUCCGUCGGUGCAAGAUGGCGCACUCCGCCACCGAACUGUGGAUCAGGAAAAAUGGGGCGUGACACUGCGAGACUUGAGGCAGUUUAAACGGCUUGUGCACGACGCUGUCAUGAAGGGCAUCAUCAAACCCCACGACCGUGAUCAAUUUCUACCCUCAGACACCAGUUGCGGGCCCUCAGUGUACACCGUGACUCAGCAAUUCAUCAAGCCGGUGACAGAAGCCGCCGGGAACGUCAGCUGGGCAUUGAUGAAACAUCCGGAAGGUUUGCUCUGUGAUGUGUUUAUUACGCAUGGCUGGGCCGAAGGCAUCUAUGAGUUUGUUGACAAGGUAGAGGACUCGUGGCCUCGGGGAGGCACUGCAGCCUGCGUGUGUUUCUUAUCCAACCCGCAGAACCUCGACAUCUCCGAUUUGAUACGAAGCCCAAGAGAGUCACCGUUUGCCAGAGCUUUGGAAAGUUCAAGCUCCAUGCUUGUAAUCCCAAAUCAUGUCAGCAGCAUUUACUCACGUAUUUGGUGUGUUUACGAAGCAUUUCUCGUCCACACCUGGAACAAGCCAAUUCGGGUGGCUCAAGCUCCAGUGCCCACAGGGUCAGACAUGCUACGAGUCUCUUGCGUUGGCCUUUCAGCUCUUGCUGCGGGACUUUUGACGGGCAUUUCACAGGCUACCUACUUUGGCCUUGCCAAGAGCACUGAGCAACAGCUGCAGGUUGUGCGCAAUGCAUUCUUCUAUUCAGCAGCAGCCUUUGGCUGUGGGAUAAUGUUUCUUUUCGUGAUGAGGAAACAUCAUUGGAUCGCAUGCCAGCUUGCAAUCUACGUGUUCGCCAUUUGCUUGGAAACUUGGCUCCUCAUCAUGACCCUGGCUUGUGGUCAGGUUCCCUGCAAU